UCAGUUUCGGGCGAGCAUGUCGCGUGCACGUGUCAGCGUUGCCCAGGUCGAGUCGAUCCGGCAGCGCGACCGGGCCUCCUGUGUCCAACGCGUCGACGACAACAACGACGAGGACGACGAUGAACUCGAGUCAACGGUGGCGGCCAACCAGUGUCGUCCGCAGCCGCAAGGGCACCAGUAUCGCAGGGGAGGCUCGUUGUCGCUCGUGCUGGUCUUGCUGAUAUGCGCGUGCGGUUGGACCAGCGCCGAAGUGUUCACCAACAGCUUCCUGGUGAAGCUGAGGCAACCAGCGGCCAGACACGUGGCUGACGAGGUCGCGUCCAGGAAUGGCUUCGUCAACGUGGGACCGGUUAGUCACGCGUCCGGAAUGGAGUAUCAUUUUGUGCAUAGAGCUUUGCCACAUGCGAGAAGUAAAAGAUCGGUGCCUCACAUGAGAAGACUAAAAGUAGAUCCCUUAGUACACAUGGCGGUACAGCAGACAGGUUUCAAGCGAGUAAAGCGUGGUUACAAGCCUUUAAGCGUAGAAAAGCUCGUGCCGCUGUUCAAUGAGCUCAAGAACUCGGCGUCGAAUCCAGCGAGCCACGACCCCACGGACCCAUACUUUCAAUACCAAUGGUACCUGAAGAACACCGGGCAGAACGGCGGGAAGCCUAAGCUUGACUUAAACGUCGAGGCAGCUUGGGCCCAAGGCGUCACUGGUAAAAACGUCACGACUGCCAUCAUGGACGACGGAGUUGACUACAUGCAUCCGGACUUAAAAUUUAAUUAUAAUGCAAAAGCUUCUUACGACUUCAGCAGUAAUGAUCCAUAUCCCUAUCCGAGGUACACGGAUGACUGGUUUAACAGUCAUGGAACAAGGUGCGCAGGUGAAGUGUCAGCAGCUCGUGACAAUGCAGUUUGCGGCGUAGGCGUUGCUUACGAUUCCAAGGUGGCUGGAAUUCGGAUGCUGGAUCAGCCCUACAUGACUGACCUGAUUGAAGCAAACAGCAUGGGCCACGAACCAGAUCUGAUUGAUAUCUAUAGUGCCUCCUGGGGACCUACCGAUGACGGAAAGACCGUUGAUGGUCCAAGAAAUGCGACAAUGCGAGCAAUCGUACGAGGAGUUAAUGAGGGUCGCAAGGGCUUAGGAAACAUUUACGUGUGGGCGUCAGGUGAUGGCGGAGAGGACGAUGAUUGUAAUUGCGAUGGCUACGCUGCUAGCAUGUGGACGGUCAGCAUUAAUAGUGCGAUUAACGAUGGCCAAAACGCCCAUUAUGAUGAGAGCUGUUCAAGUACUUUGGCAUCAACUUUUAGUAAUGGUGCUAAGGAUCCUAAUACCGGAGUGGCUACUACCGACUUGUAUGGUGAGUGUACAACUACACAUAGUGGAACGUCAGCUGCAGCACCAGAAGCUGCUGGUGUGUUCGCUCUCGCCUUGGAAGCUAAUCCACAACUGUCCUGGCGAGACAUUCAGCACUUGACUGUAUUAACAUCAAAGAGAAAUUCAUUGUUUGAUGCCAAGGGAAGAUUUCACUGGACAAUGAACGGUGUAGGGUUAGAGUUCAAUCAUCUCUUUGGCUUCGGCGUCCUGGAUGCUGGUGCCAUGGUUGCACUCGCCAAGAAAUGGAAGACAGUGCCACCUCGUUACCAUUGUGAGGCAGGAACUAUCCAAACAGUGCAAGAGAUACCAAGCCACCGAUCAAUCCUACUAAAGAUCAAAACAGACGCUUGUGCUGGAACGGAUUAUGCCGUAAACUACUUAGAACAUGUUCAAGCAGUCAUUUCUGUAAAUGCUACACGAAGAGGUGACUUAGAACUCUUUUUAACAUCACCAAUGGGAACAAGAUCUAUGAUACUGAGUAGAAGAGUAAAUGACGAUGACCACAGAGAUGGUUUUACAAAAUGGCCAUUUAUGACUACUCAUACGUGGGGUGAAUACCCUCAAGGAACUUGGCUGCUUGAAGUGAGCUUCAAUUCUCAGAAACCACAACACGGCUGGAUCCGUGAAUUCACUUUGAUGCUGCAUGGUACUAAGGAGCCUCCUUAUACGGGCCUUCCAGCGGCAGACCCACAUUCAAAGUUGGCGAUAGUUAAGAAAGCACACGAAGAACGCAGUACAACGAUGUAACUUUGGAAUACCUUGUGUCUUCUAUAAGGCAAAUAACAGACUGAUGGAAAAAUGAAAGAAUUUACAUAUUUACAGUCAUCAAAUAACUGAUCACAUCUUUUGAAUUCAGAAAACUUAUCAUUAUUAUUUUUUUUUUUUUACGUGACAAGUAGUAUGUUUUUAUUGAAGAGAUUAUUAAAAAUAACAUAUCUUGAUAAAUAUGUGUAGAAAUAAAAUGUGAAAUAAUAAUUAGCUCAACCAGUACUUAUGAUUUUAUAAUACUUCAUCUUAAAAUAUUUGUUUAUAUAAUUUCAAUGAAAAUCAUAUGCAGGUUUUACCAAUUGUCCUAAAAUAUUUUGUAUCGAAUUACGGCUUGUUUAUUUUUAAAAAUUCUACAAAAGUGACUUCAAUAGUGAUUCAAGUAGAAAAAAUAACGAAAAAAAUUACAGGCAGCGUAAACUCAGUGCAUCCCGGGAAUAUUAACUAAAAUAGGGAAAGUGUAGGACCAAAAUGAUAAUAUGAUUUAUAAUUAUUUUAAUAAUUUUUUAUGUAUUUACGUACCAUAUAUUGAACCGGAAAAAUUAAUUUUAUUACUCUAUUAUUGAUCCAUCAAAAUAGAGUCUUUUGUUUU